GGGGCCAGGAGCCGACUGGGGCUGUGACGCGUUCCCGCCGGUAGCGGAGGCGGCUUUGGGCAGCUGGCGGCGGCGCUGUAGGGACGCGUGUCUCACUCACGUCCCUGCCCAGGCCGCGGGGCCCGGCCUCCCGCCCGCCUCGCCUAGUCUGAACAGGGCGAGGCCCCGGCGGUGCUUGCGGCUACUGCGCUCCGCGUUACUGCUGCGGCGGGCGGGCCGGGGCUGGCGGCGGCGGGCGUGCAGGGGCGAGGCUCAGGUUGGCCACCCCUGCGCUGGACAAUUCAGAACUCCUGGGAUGUUACCAGAGGAACCGUAAACAGCCUCCAAGUAAUAGAUUCCACAUCUUGUUUUGGGCAUCCAUCACCCAUUCUGAGUGUUGUGCCACCAAGAGACUUUUCUGGCCCUGGUACCAUGGUGGUGUUUGAUUUCUCUAUUAGAUCCACAUCAUGGAAAACCAAGUGUUUGAAUCCUCUGAAGAGAGAACCUUCCAGUACCAGAAUUCUCUUCCUUCACUGCCAGUGCCUACUCUUGAUGAAUCUUUAAAGAGAUACCUUGAUGCAGUAAAACCAUUCCUAAAUCAAGAAGAAUAUCAAAGAACAGAGGACAUAGUUAAAAAGUUUGAACAUGGGAUUGGAGAAGUGUUGCAGCAUAAGUUACUGGAAAGGGCUAAGGAGAAGAAGAAUUGGCUGGAAGAGUGGUGGCUGAAUGUGGCUUAUCUUGAUGCUCGCAUACCAACACAAAUAUAUUAUAACUUUGGAGGUCCAGGCCCUUAUCUUGAACACUACUGGCCACCAAAAGAAGGAACUCAAAUAGAAAGAGGAUGCAUAGUUAUAUGGCAUAUCUUGAAAUACUGGGAAUUAAUAAGAACGGAAAAAUUGGUUGUACAUAGACAUGGAAAUAUGCCUCUGGACAUGAACCAAUUCCGAAUGCUGUUCUGCACUUGCAAGAUUCCAGGAAUUACUAGAGAUUCUUUAGACAACUAUUUUAGAACUGAGAGUGAAGGUGAAUGCCCAUCCCACUUAAUAGUCCUGUGUCGAGGUCGAGUGUUUACUUUUGAUGCAGUACAUGAAGGUCAUAUACUGAGCCCUCCAGAGAUUUUCAGGCAACUUGCUUACAUCCAAAAGAGAUGCCAUAAUGAACCUGAUGGACCAGGGCUGGCGGCUUUAACAAGUGGGGAGAGAACCCAAUGGGCAGAGACACGUGAAUAUUUAACUAAUCUCGAUCCAAAGAACUUAGGUCUACUGGAAAGAAUUCAGAGCAGUUUGUUUGUGAUCUCCCUGGAUGAUUCCAGUCCCUAUGGAACCCCUGAGGAUUAUACUUCGAUCACCAAGUUGACUCUAAUAGGAGAUCCAACCAUACGCUGGGGAGACAAAUCCUACAACUGCAUACUAUUUUCCAAUGGGACAUUUGGUUCAAACUGUGAUCAUUCUCCUUAUGAUGCCAUGGUUUUGGUAGUCCUGUGCUCUUAUAUUGAUCAGAAGAUUAUUGAAAGUGAGGGAAGGUGGAAGGGAUCAGAUAAAGUGCGGGACAUCCCUUGGCCAGAAGAACUUGUUUUCACAUUGAACCAGAACAUGCUAAAUGACAUUGAACGUGCUAAAGAACGGUAUUCUCAGCAGGUAUCUGACUUGCAGCUAGUGAAUUAUGCCUUUACAUCCUUUGGCAAAGCACUGACCAAGAAGAAGGGACUUCAUCCUGAUACAUUUGUUCAGCUUGGCCUCCAGCUGGCCUAUUAUAAACUUCAUGGACACCUAGGCUGUUGUUAUGAAACUGCUACAACCAGACGUUUCUACCACGGACGCACUGAGACUAUGAGAACAUGUACAGUGGAAGCAGUGGAGUGGUGCAAAUCCAUGCUGGAUCCAUCUUGCAGUUCUCAUAAACGGCAGCAACAGAUGCUAAAGGCAUUUGCAAAGCACAACAAGAUGAUGAAAGAGUGCGAGAAUGGAAAAGGAUUUGACCGUCAUCUUCUGGGUCUCCUACUCAUAGCAAAAGAGGAAGGACUCCCUGUGCCAGAACUCUUCACAGACCCUGCAUUCACUAGAAGUGGGGGAGGUGGAAAUUUUGUGCUUUCCACUAGCCUGGUUGGCUACACUAGAAUUGGUGGAGCUGCAGUCCCCAUGAUACAUCAUGGCUAUGGCGUUUUCUAUAGAAUCAGAGAUGACAGAAUUGUGGUGACCUGCACUGCCUGGAAAUCAUGCCCAGAGACCGAUGCAGAAAUGCUGUGUAAGAACUUGUUCCAGUCUCUUCAGGACAUGAUACAACUAAUGGCCACAGCCCAUCUGUAGAGUUGAUAGUGACGUUACUGUGCCUUCACAUAUUGUGCGUUAUUGUGUCUGGCACUUGCUAAAUGAAAUGCUUGUCACAAAGAACGUUAAACUCUAUGUAAAACACUUAAUGAUACUUCAGCAUAGACGUUAAGCAGAACUAAUGCAAAACCUGUCCGUUUUAAGAAAUUUACUGCAGCAGCAAUGCAAGUUUCUUAAAAGAAUAAUAUAUCCAUUUGCACCAACAAUGCAAACUAUGGCAAAUGAUCAGCGUAGAACUAUACAAUCUUAAACUAUGCCUCAACAAUGCAAAUGUAUCAGACUAUUGUGAUUUUUGGAAACUGGAGAAUUUGUGAUGGCCUGUUUUUAUAACUUUCCUAAUGGUAGCUGAUAGAGUACGUGAUAAUCUGGUGACGUUUAUUUCUAUGGUUCACUAAUUCUGUAGUUCAGCGUAACCAUUCCAGUGCUAAUACCUUAUGGUGCUAUCGCAAUUGACAUUGGUGACAGUUUUUAUGAUUUUUCAUUUGUGAAAGAAUCAAGGAGAAAUAUUAGAAUAACAGACUCUCCAAGUUAUAUAUGAUUUUUAUUAUUAGCUGCCUUCCAUUUUCACCAUUGGGAUGAUUUCAAACCAAGAGCUUAUUCGUGAGUAGAGACUAGUUUCUCAGGUGAAGGCUGAGAUCACUAUAGUUUGAAAAAUACUUUUAAAUUCAAGAUGGUUUCUUUUCAAAAUAAAGAGAUAAAACUAGGAUGGCUACUUGCAAGUUUCCAAAGGAUGAUAUACUUUGUGAUGAAAUAACUACAAAUAUCACUGCUGCUCCAUAGAAAUUAAGUGCAAAUUUAAAGCUGGCACUAAGUAUAGUCUGAUAAAACUCUCAGGAUUUUAAGCUUUCUUUGGAUUUUAAAUAAGACUUUUGUUUGAUAAACUUUGUAAUUUCUUCAUAGAAAUAAAACAAUCAAAAAAGUUUGUUUCAUGUCGGUUGAUUGGUUUAUAUCUAUACUGCUUGAUGCAUAGCAACCAAACUUUCCAAAAGGGAAGAUUCUUGUGUACAGAUGAUGAAACUAACUUAACACAGAUUCUAAAAUCCCCACUGUUUGCCCUUCUGGAGGUAUUGGGGCCCCUGGAGAAGUCAGGAAUUAUUAUUGUUUCUGUUACAGUAGAACAACUAGAAUUCUCACUGAGAUCAAAACCUCAUUGUGGUAGUUACCAUGUUACAAUGGUGCAGUUCGCAUCACUUUAGUUAACAUGACACUCACUUACUCUUUAAUAGCGAACUUUUCUAAGUGCUCUAAAAUAAACAUAAGAAGGGACUAUCCCUGCUCUGAGGGCAAAAUGUUUGAGCAGAAAGAGAGAUGUAGGACUUGCCAAAGUUUAUACAGCAGAUCAACAAUCAGGCAGGAGCAGAACCCAAGUCCUUCUUAUUUGCAGUUCAAUGCCCUAUUUGGUAGACCACUGUGAUAUGUUCAUACCCAUGUGUUGUGUGCAAGGAGACACUACAAUUACUAGAAUACUGGGUGUAACAGACUGAGUGUUUAUCCUGGCCAAAUUGUAAACUUCAUGUUUUGUGAAUCUAUUUUGUGAUUGUAACCUUUACUGCAACUGUUAGUGUAUUGUAACCUCCAUAUUGGGUUAAGAAAUCCAGGUGGUAUUGAAAACCAAUCUAAUCUUGACAAGAUAAGGCUGUUGUCGACAUUCUGUGGUCAUGCUAGGUUAUGGGACACCUCAAAAGGGAAAACAGUGCGAGCCAUCAAUGUUGAAUGACUUUUUUCUGGAAAAAUGGGUUUUUACCAGCAAGGCCAUUGACUGUCUAUGCAGGUUGGGGGAGGAGUGGGGAAUGAAGCUGGGAACUUCAUCAGCAAAAACACAUGGAUAGAAAUGGGAUAGAGACUAUUUUGAAAAGGUGGCUGCUUUGCUAACAGAGGACCAUACCAUUAGCACCUGUAAGCAGAACUUGCUGGAGAGAGUGACAGCAGGAGACUAUCUGCUUGAGGACACUCACCAGAACCAGGACUCCCAGACAGGGUGAGAUUGGACCAGGGGGAUUGCAUUCAGGACUGUUUGUUGAUUUCCAUAGAUCUGUAAUUUGCUUGUGCUUUAAGAAUAAAGUGGUUGUGGUUAAGAA